CGCAGAGCCUUGAGAGGGGCAGAGCACGUCAGCCACAGGGAGGCCGUGUCGAGUCGCUCCUCUUUACUACAAGACUGGAAUUACUCGCCAACAUUAAACGCACGCACGCUAUGCCGACGCGUUAUCCCGUUCCCGAAGGAGGAGACGCCGACCUGCCGCUCUGACAUCCACCGUCUCCGCCGCCGCCGCACAGCCCGUUAGCUUCGGCGGCUAACGCGAGCUAGCCGAGUUAGCUGUUACAUACCCUCGUUUUCCAGCACGCAGCUGACCUCCACCACAACACAGACGCACCGACUAUCAUUUGCUCGCAACGUCGGGGUCGUUGUUCUCCCCCCCUACCCCCUGUCUCCCCGUUGUCCCCGUGUGCUGCCCCGUGGACGUUUCCCGAAUAUGAUCCACAAUGAGUCAAAGAGACACCUUAGUUCAUCUGUUUGCAGGGGGAUGUGGGGGCACGGUAGGAGCCAUAUUGACUUGUCCGCUGGAAGUAGUGAAGACCCGUCUGCAGUCGUCCUCCAUCACCCUCUAUGUGUCUGAGGUUCAGCUCAGUACUGUCAACGGGGCCAGCGUGGCCCGCAUGUCCCCGCCGGGCCCCCUGCACUGUCUCAAAUUGAUAUUGGAGAAAGAAGGACCUCGAUCUCUCUUCAGGGGUUUGGGGCCCAACUUAGUGGGCGUGGCACCUUCCAGAGCGAUCUACUUUGCUGCUUACUCCACUGCCAAAGAGAAACUGAACAGCGUGAUGGAACCCGACUCCACGCAGGUGCACAUGGUGUCGGCCGGAACGGCAGGUUUUACAGCCAUCACAGCAACCAAUCCGAUAUGGCUCAUAAAGACUCGCCUGCAGCUGGACGCGAGGAAUCGAGGUGAGCGACGGAUGAGUGCGUUUGAGUGUGUGCGGCGGGUGUAUCAGGCAGACGGCUUGCGAGGCUUCUACAGGGGAAUGUCAGCGUCUUACGCCGGUAUCUCAGAGACUGUGAUCCACUUUGUGAUCUAUGAGAACAUUAAACGGCGCCUCUUGGAGGCCAAGGCAACACAGAACAUGGACGAGGAAGAGGAGACAUCGAAAGAUGCUUCAGACUUUGUGGGGAUGAUGCUUGCUGCUGCCACCUCCAAGACUUGUGCCACAACUAUUGCUUAUCCUCAUGAAGUGAUUCGUACCAGGCUACGUGAAGAGGGCACCAAGUACCGCUCCUUUUUCCAGACUCUAACAACAGUGCCCAAAGAGGAGGGCUACCGCGCCCUGUACCGCGGCCUCACCACCCACCUGGUACGCCAGAUCCCCAACACCGCCAUCAUGAUGUGCACCUACGAGUUGGUGGUCUACCUCCUGAAUGGUUAAAGUCUUCCCCCUCUUAGACAGUCUAUGUAACCCUGCCCCUGUUUGGAGAUGAAGAGAAGCGAGCACCUGCACACCAGCUAGCACAGCUAACAACCUGCUUGGACGGAGACGGCACCUCGACCUUUGUCUCACUGACACAAGCGGUUGUUAGGAAAAAAAGUUGGGAGUUUUGUUUUAUAACCAAAGGGUAUGGCACAAGGCGGAGGGUCACAGAGAUCCUCGCAUUGAUGUGGGGAUCUCGGUUUAGCAGUGGCAAAGAAACGGUUGCCCUAUUUUCAUUUUUAUUCCAUCCCCUGUUCCCUUCGGAUAUAUACGUUGCUUGUGCAAACUCAGAUUCAGAGCGCUGAAGAAAGAACCUGACUUAGACUAUAUUCUGCCUCUAACAUUACUAAUAACGAAGAGAAGUGCAGCGAUCCCACUCCUUAAUGCCUAGUGGAUAUAGGACCCUCUUCAGCAGUAGGCUUUGUUCUAAUACUGAUGAUCAGUUUUUAAAACACGCAGUGUUCCCUGCAUCCCUCAGAGUACCGCGAGAGGCCCAGAAUAUAAAGACGCCAGCUGCCACGCAUCAUCUCAGUAUAUGACAAAGGUUCUAAAGUCAGCGAGAACAAGGAGGAAUCAGUGCUGGAGGCUUGUUGAGGUGGAAUAAGCAGAGCGGGGAGGGAGGCGAACGGUAGACGUGCCUUGCGUGAAAAUGCAAAGUAGACUUGAGAUGCACAGGAGCUGUAGGAGGAGCUCUGGCUGACCCGUCACAACCAAGAGUAGAAGUGGGAAGUCGUACACUGGUCCGGUCGCCCUUAGUGAGCGUUUUACAUAUCAGGAUCAUGGACACCAUCCCUAACUCUGGCUGUGAUGUCCUCAUCUACAGCCCUUUACACUAAAUACCUACAUGAGUGCUUGUUGCCAGCGAGGUCAUGACACCCGCCUCUGAACUCGGACGUGUCCGUGUUGACCGUGUGUGUCGUCACUGCGGUUGGACGGAAGGUAGGAAGUCACCAAACUGAACCAGAACCAUUCUAACUACUGGAAUGUAAAUACACGAGCUUACUGAAGGAAGACGACACUUACCCAGGCUGUGAAGUACAAAUAAAUAUAAUUAACAUGUUUUAACAAAUAGUGACAUUGAUAAAUAUAUAAAUAGAUUUAUAUAUAUAUAUAUAAAUGAAAUACCAACGUAACAUGAUUGCAUUUGUCAGCCCCGUUUUGACAACACGCUAACAUCCAGUGAGAGGAUUUCCCGGUUAGCUGUCAGAAGUAAACGGCGUUGUUCUUAUCGCACUUUUCUUUCUCUACACUGCUCAUCUCAUUUCUUAUUCUAUUUCCUCGGUUGGAGACUCCCGGCUUGUUUUGCGAGCGAGGACAAUCCUCUUGAGUUUACACUGGAGGACUCGUUGUACAGUUUAGCCAGCGUGUGGAGGAAGUGGCCGCGGGCACGCUCGUCAUGAACGCACAGUAAUUAAAUGCAGACCAGUCAGAAAAGGAAAAAAAAAAAAAAAGAAAAGCAAAUUCUUGAUUCCUUCCCCUUGUUGAGUUGUUGUUGUGACAGAAAACACAAUCGCUGCAUUUCAACCAGUUGAAAGUUUGUUUGUUUUUAACUUCCCGGUCAGUGUUUUAUGCAUGUGGAUGGAACGGUGCUUUGCUCUUUUAGCAUUUUAGGUCAUGUUUCAAACAGUACAAACGACAAAAACGGUGUUUCGCUGUGACCUUAUUUAUCCUGACGUAGCUCCUGUUGUCACACGUGGACCUCGCCUGCUCACAAUGUGUGCAUCUCCAUCACAGACUUUAACAGGCUUUAGCCCACGAUGCUAACACACAGUCUCAUCUUGGGCUCUUGUCCUCCGCUGUAUUCUAACUUAUCCAAACACCUAACUGCUGAGCACGUGCUGAAUGCGGCGGGUCAUUUGUGGCGUAACGUGCUGCCUUUGUGGGCGCCGUUGUGCUCUGAAUGACAGAAACCAGCUUCAGCGCGUGGCUCAGACGCUUCUCUCGACUAAACUUAUUGAUGCGGUUCUCGGUGUGAACGCACAUUCAGCACACAUCCAGGAUGCAUUCGGUUAGUCUCGCGGCAUUAGAGACGUCGUGAUGCUCGCUCACAGCGCCGCCAACGCACGCCGUUGAUGGAGUGAGUCCACGGAGAACCCCUGAUUGGACGGUUGUGUAUCACGGCGCUGGCUUAAAGGGUCAUUUCACUCAAAUAAAAAAAAGGAUAAACAAAUCUUCUCUCUUUACCUUUAGUGGCGUCUGAGUGUUUCAGUUUCAUUUGUCUUGAAUCAGUCCGAUUUCUGCUGCCACCUCGGUACCACCUCGGUACCACCUCGGUACCGCCCGAGUGUGGAGGUGGCAGCCAAUCACACGGAGGGAGGAAAACGUACCUGUACAUCUCUAUGCAUCUCUCCACGUCUAUGGGUUUCAGCUGUUGAUGCGUUCCCUCCUGCAUCCCGUCGUUCUUCUGUUGCACCCACACGUUUGCAUCGUGUGCCAGUGAGUGUGUGUGUUUGUGUGUGUGUGUGUGUGUGUGUGUGUGUGCGAGUGUGUCGUGUGUGUGCGCUUGCAUAAAUGAGACUUGUACGUCCUUCUGUCGUGUCUUGUGCGCGAGACCCCGUCGGAGUAUGAAUACCUGCAAACAGUGUUGUUUUUUUUUUUUAAAAGAAGAAAAUCUUUUUAGACAGAUCGUUGCCUUUUCCCGACACCCUUUGUGUUUUUCCAUGUUCUCGUUGAUGAGCCGACUCGGCUCGCUCUAUGCAUUCUCUCAUACCUGUUUUUGUAAAACAAUGUCAAUAAAAUGGAAGGAGUGCAAGUAUA